AGAGAGAGUGUAUUCGCGACGGGCGAAGUUCUGCGCUACUACAGGGGUCGUGAGCGAAAGCUGGGAUUUGAGCUAUGCGCCGGAUUAGGGUACCCGCAUUCUGUCAACGCAGAUCCAUUGACCAAUCCAGCUCGGACUAAACUUACAAGAGGCGAUUAAUACUCUGUUUGAGUUGUCGACAACACUAUGCACCUGUCUCGCUGAAACGAAAAGCAUUGUCCCGACACCCCUUUCUCAGGAGUAGACUCGCCUGCCCGACAGUUCGAGCGAUUAUACAUCGCCGCAUGUGGUACAAUCCCAUUUGAGUUUUUCGCCGAUGCGAGGAAUACUGUUUUAGCGAGCGUGGAACUAUACGGCAGUAUCGCACCGUUAACGGACUGGGCCGACGGCUAGGAACACAGAUUCAAAGGGAAAAAAGUGGAAUAUUUCAUUUUAUCAGUUUGACGAGAUUUCGGUCUGUGUUGAGCUUGGAUGUGCUCCAGCAGUGGCCGAUAUGUAACCGACGCUGUGUCAUUCCAUGGAGCACCAAGGAAGCGACGUUUUAACCAAAAUGUUGGAACUAAGCUGGAAGAGAUUCCUGGCUUAUUGAGAAGGCAAUAAGCUCUACAGGAGCAAUCAAUAGUCCUCGCGGUUCCUACCAUCGGAUUAACAUAGUCGUAGUAAUUGGAAGUUUUAAUAUACCAGUGCCAUUUCUGUGAAAAUGUUGGAAGAACUAAGGCUGUUGUUUCACCUCUUCUUCGUCGUGGUCGUCACAGCGUAUGACCGACCCUACGUCCAGACGCAGACCUGGGAGGUGAAGUCCCCGGUGUUCGCCCCCACCCCCGACAACUACACCUACGAAGCGGGGAAGCUGGCGCGGCUCAAGUGUGAAGUACAGAACUUGGGCAAGAAAAGGGUGGGAUGGCGUCGAGCGUCUGCACCCAAUCCUCUCACAAUCGGCACCAUGACGUUUGUGGAAGACGACCGGAUCAGCGUUGAACACCCGCCCUCCACCGGGCAGUGGAACCUCAUGAUCAAGCGGGUGGAGAUCGAGGAUGCUGGGGUAUACGAGUGUCAGGUUGCUUCAACGGCGCGCCACCUCCGUAAACACGUCCUGCUGGUUGUCAAAGAACCAAAAAUACGGGAGAAUGAGCAUAUGCCUCGUGUCUCGGGUACGGGAAUUAAAGAUGAUCUUUAUGAUAUCCAGAUAACUGGCGAGGAGUUUGUGGAACAGGGGAAAAAGAUCUAUCUCAUUUGCAAUGCCACGGGGAAGGAACACUCCCCCGAUGACCUGGACUGGUUCAAGAACGGAAACAAGCUGACCACCGAGUUUGCCCGGAAGAUCUACAUACGGAAAUUUGUUUCUUUGACAACGAAAACUAUUGUUAGCAUCCUGGAAAUAAAGAAUGCUAAACUGAGUGACGCUGGGAUGUAUGUGUGUCGGACGUCGGAUUUGCAGAUCACGAGCAGAAGAAUCAACGUAUUGAAAACCAAUAAAGAAAACGUGAAAAGAGGUACUCCCAAAGACCAUUCAGAUUCUAAUUCGGGGAGGACAUUGUUUGGCAGCUGUUCUACGAGCUUAGUGUUAACAUUAAUAUCAUUAUUGACAAUUAGAUACAGACUUGAAGUGAUGGUGUUGAGAUGAUUUGGGAGACUGCAGUGUUGAAAGUAAGCUGUGCGGCUUCUGCAUCUAUCAUCAUGGCACAUGUACAUACAUUCCGUUCGUUUCCGAUCCUUGCAAGGUGCAUAUCUCUCUCUUUGUGGGAAACAUAAGUCAUUGCAUUUCGACUAUUAGAUCCCCAUUUGCCGGGAAAAGUAUGGAUCCAAAAUUACGGAAAAUUUAUCAAGUAUCAUCAUUAAGAGACUGUGUCGAAAGGCACAGAGGCAAUGUGACAAGGUUUCGUUUGUGGUUGUGAUGGUGAUGGGCGUAUGCGGAGUGGACACCAUACUGCGGCAGGACUUCCUGUAAAGCAAAGGCCGAAACAGUGAAACGACGCAUACGGAUACGCACAUACGUCGUUUCUGUUGCAGGACUUACGUGCAAUGGAUACUGUGCAACCUGGAGAAUUGUCCAAAUUCAAAACGAAAGACAUGUUUGUACAUAAUGUAUUACUCGAGGUGGGAAAUCCGCCAGUAAUACAAGAAGGUGAUAUGCGGGUGAGAUGUAGUCAUUGUUCGUUGAUUGUAAUUAUAUAUUUCUACACAGUGAGGAUUAUGACAGUGUUGUAAGUUACAGCUGCUAUUCUCAACAGAGGAAGCAGAAUGACAAUGUAUCACCUGCGUUAGACAGGUGUGAUGAUAUGCCUAUUAUGUCUGGUCCGCAGAACCGUUCGUGACAAUGUCACACCUGUGUUAGACAGGUGUAAUCACGCCCAUAAGGACGGGUGACCUCUUCCCUUUCGGUGAUAAGGCAGCGUGAGUAAGAGGAGCAUAUAUCAGAUGGUGUUGCACGACGAUGGAUGAAGAACAUCCGGGCACGACAAGACUACUUCCGGUGUUAGAGUCUUCUGUGACCAAGGGUCACCACGACUAGACAGCCGGCACGUUACUGGUGGGGCUGGUGGCACGUUUCAGUUGAAAAAUGCAACUCAGAUGUGAAUUUGUGUUUCAGUUCACCAACUGACCCUGACGAGUGGAAAUAUGUCUUUUGGGUUGCAGACUGGCCGCUGACGUUAUUUUUGUGAAUGUUUUCGAGACUGAUUGACGAGGUGGCAUCCAACUCGUAGCCAAUAUUGAGGGUAUUAUGUACAUAUAUAAUCUCCUUGUCUGUUUACGACUAAUCUAGUGACAUGAAGGAUGCGUAAAUAGGGGAGACCGUGGUUUCCCCGGGGGAGGGGGAGCACGUCUCUAACGUGACGCUACCAUCUGAGUUAAUACCGUCACGUUUUUGUAAUGUAGAAGAAAUGUGUUAUUUCGUCUUAAUCAAAAGCCUUUUAGACUUACAGUCAAAUUGCAAAAUAUUCAAAAAUUAACAAAUACCCACGUAAAUGACAACAUUCUCCCGAAUGUUUGUAACACGGGGUUAGGAAGCUGCUCCGCACGAGGGCAACACGUGUGGGGCAUGGCAGGUCCGGUACCGCUGUUUGGACAAUUAGAAGAAUAUAUUUCAUACCUCAUAUGUGUAUCUUUUUACUUCGUGGAAAUGCGUGUAGUCAUAGCAACCGACACAUUUUGAAGUGUAUGCCUCGGAUGUUAUUUAUAUAUGUAUAUAUAUAUAGUUGAUGAUCUUUUGCACAUAUUAUCAUUUUAUAACCAUACGUUUUGCCUCGUCUCCCGGCGUGGUUCUGAUAACCUAGAAAACCCGCACCGUCCGCCAACCGUCGGUUUUGUCUCAAAUGAAGUUGUUACACUGUAGAACGUUUUGAUUGCUGUUCUCAAACUUUAAUAUAAAGUCAUUUGAAGUAAAGGUUCAUGCUUUAAGUCGGUUGAGCUCAGCGGUUUGUGUGGGGAGGGCAUUGGGAUGGAGUAUAUGCCUUAAAGCGACGAAACGACUAUUGUCGGUUACCUUACAGUUGUAGAGGUAUUGAUGAGCGUCCGGUGUAGCCCGAUCAUUCAAAGUAAUGGUUGAACUCAACGUGAUGGCGUCACUUCCACUCAGUUGCUGCCAUCCCCGUUAGGUGUAGUACAUUCCUAGCUGCAUUCUACACUGGCAAAAACCAAAGAUAUAUGGGAUGAAUAGUUUACCAGAGCAGGGUCCCGUUCCACAAGGCGAUCGUAGCGCAACGACAGUCGUAAGUCUAUGUUAAAGUAUGGGAGUUACGAUAACUUUAGCGCUACGUGCUCUGUGGAACGGAUGCCAGAGCUUCUUUCUGCGAUUAGCGGUGUCUGCUGCCAUUUAAAAUUUAGUUUUAUUUUGAUGUUGAUGUUUGGACGUUAAAGAACUCGUGGCCAGUACUGGUCUACUCGUAAGGCCCAAAAUUUCUUAAAGCAUGCAGCGAGGUGAACCUGUCACUCAGGCCUGUCUCUGAAACGGGAGUAAAAGGUCCAGCGCGAUUGGGGAAGCGAUCGCGUAGAGACGGUCAGUGAGAUUUGAAAGCAACUUUAGCGUUUAGAUCCCUGACCGCCUGGUCAUGUGUUUCUGAUAUCGUUGUGAUAUAGAUAAGCCAACACGUUUCCCGGGUGACUUCUUGUCCUUAAGCAAUAAACUCCUGAUAUACUGUGUACCACACAGACAACACUGUAGGCAAUACAUGCCACCUAAUACAUAAUCUAGUCAGUUUCUGCAUGAACCUCUCUGAUCUCUUCCUGACAUGUAUGCUGUGAUGAUAAACUAGCCUUAUAUUUAAGAACGGGUGAGACAAUGUAAUCUAUAUAUAUAUAUGUUGGGAGACAGUUGUGUCUGGUAAUACAUCUGUACUACAUGGUGUUCAUGACAAGACACCGGGUGUUUCAAUGUAUAUGUGUAAGACACCGGGUGAUUCAAUGUGUAUGUGCAAGACACCGGGUGUUUCAAAUGUGUAUGUGCAAGACACCGGAUGUUUCAAUGUGUAUGUGCAAGACACCAGGUGUUUCAAUGUGUAUGUGCAAGACACCAGGUGUUUCAAUGUACAUGUGUAAGACACCGGUUGUUCUAAUGUGUAUGUGGCAUCCCGAUAUUAUAAGUCCACAUGAUAUACAAAGUUCUUUUUACCGACCUUCUAAAAUGUUUUGAUAUAAAUUUGUUUAGAUGUUGAUUUGCUGAGCGUUUGCUAAUUUUCUAUUUCAGUCCUAUUCAUUCAAUGCGUGCCCUGGCAUACAACAAUGGAUAUGUAAUCGAGAUCAGCUGUCAAAAUAAAAUCAUUUACAAAUUCAGCCCUACUUUGUCAGUGAUGAGAACAAAAGUAAUGUAUUUCAUGGGGCCUACUUGGGGCGGUAGCGUUGAUAACGGUGUUGCUGGGUGAAGAUGACGUCGUUAGCAGCUGCAUGCGUAAUAUGAAAAAUACCACAUCUACCUGUUCGUUAGAAUAAUUAACUUUUAAGCGCCAUCCAACAACAAUUUAUCUUAAUCGCAUACCACAACUUGAAAUAACCACCUCGUGUAUCAUAGGCCUGUCAUUUCUCGGAUCAUUGUGUUUCAAGAAUCUGUAUGUUUUUUAUUUCUAAAUUGUUAUGUUUACACAGUUUUAUAUUUAUUUUCACAUUUGUUUUAAAGGUGAAAAAGAAUAUUUAAAUAUGGACGUUCCGUAGUUCGUAGCUGUUUUGAAAUAAUGUACAUAGAUGAUCACAAAUAGCAUAGUCAACUUUUCAUGUAGUCAUACACUAGCGUUGUUUGCAACUUUGAGGAGCUCUAUCCGUUUUGUUUACGGUACAUUUCGUUAAUUCGCACUGACUUGUUAGAAUAUGAUCGUUUUUCAGUUGAGACAAUGCUGCGUUGAUUCCUAGUGGUAAGAUUUGUGUCACCUAUGUCCGACUAUCACGUUGCCAUAUGUUGAAAACUACAAAUCAUCGUGUAAAUAUCCUCAAUCAUUCUUCACUCACAAAAGAGAUUACCAAUAAAGUUUUUUGAAUGAA